UCAUCGGUCGCCUGGUUUUAGUUCGAACUUAGUCUCAGUAGCUAACAGUUAAGUCGGUCCGAUAUAUUUAAGCAGUCGCUACUGAUAUGGCACCUACUUUGUACGGUAUUGAGGGCAGUCCACCGGUUGGGGCUGUAUUAUUGUGUGCAAAGGCUUUGGACUUGAAUCUGAAUAUAAAACCAGUCGAUCUUUUCAACUUGGAACAUCUUAAAUCCGACUUUCUUGCACUUAAUCCGCAACACACAGUUCCAGUAUUAGAUGACGAUGGCUUCAUCUUAUCGGACAGCCAUGCAAUCAAUGCUUAUCUUGCUUCUAAGUACGGAAAGGACAAAUCUCUGUAUCCCGAAGAUUUGAAAAAACGAGCAAUUGUUGACCAACGACUUCAUUAUGAUUCCAGCACUUUGUUUUCCAGAGGAUUAGUAAUAUCUAAAAGCAUUCUUUUUGAGGAUGCCACAGACAUUCCUCAGAAGAACUUGGACUUGCUGAAAGAAGCGUUUGAGGUGUCUGAGAAAUUAUUGCAAAAAGAGUGGAUUGCGGGUGAUCAACUAACUAUAGCAGAUUUCAGCUUUGUGACUUCAUUGACAUCUUGUACUGUGUACAUUCCACUAUCAGAAGCAGAGUACCCUAAACUUGCUGCUUGGCGAAAAAGAAUGGAGAGCUUGCCCUACUAUUAUGUCUAUCAGCAAAGUCUGGAUAAAUACGUCGAACUGAUGAAGGAUAAAGUGCCUAAAUGAGCGAGGAUGUUCGGUUGGCAUCGACUUUUUGUGAUUAUAUUGAGAAAUGGAUGAAUAAAAGUCUACCAAGUAA